GCUUAUGCACAAUCAGUCUGUUCGUAAACCUCCUUAAAUCCAAAACAGAUAGCGUUUUCCUAUCCUACAUUUUCGUCGUUGUCGUCAAAUUUCUUGGACGUGCGUGGAUUUUUUAAAAAAUAUUAAAUUAAUUAAAUUAAAAAAAAAAACAAUGAAAGUGUUUAUCGUGGUGGUGAGUGCAAUUCUUUUAAUAGCAUGCUGCAGUGCGCAACAGCAUCCCAACACCAUCCCUCGGCAGGAUGAAAAAUACGACUACAAGGAACAACAUCGAGACACCACAACUUGGAUACCAAUUUUAAAAUACAACAAAGAACAAAGUGAAGAUGGAUCUUAUAAGACCGAAUACGAAACAGGCAAUAAUAUCCAACACGAAGAAACUGGCUUCUUGAAGGACUUCUCAGAUCUUCAUCCAAAUGGUGUCCUCGUUCAACACGGUCAAUAUUCAUAUGAAUCACCUGAUGGAAAUAUUGUCAGUGUUCAAUAUACAGCCGAUGAAAAUGGUUUCCGAGCAACUGGUGAUCAUAUUCCAACAGCACCACCAAUUCCCGAAGAGAUUCAAAAGGGUCUGGAUCAGAUUUAUGCUGGUAUUAAGGUGCAACAAGAUCGUUUGGAGGAGAGAGCACGAAAUGAUCCUGAUUUUGCAAGAAAGUUGGAACAACGAAAGGUCGCAAAUCAAAAUGGACAAUAUGUUGGUUUACUUGAAGAUUAAAUAAGUUAUGGGAAUAUAAAACAAGGAUUAGAGAGGGUGAUUGUUGAUUGUGUUCAAAACUAAAAGAAUGAUGUUGAGUUUUUUUUUAAACUUAAAUCGGGGUUGUGCUAAAUUUUGAAGUUUAAGAGGAUUUUUAAUUAAUUUAAAAUUUUCCGUUUUUGAAUCAGUUCAUUUUGUUCUCCUUGCAGAAGAUCUCUUGCAAGGACUCUAGACUUUACACUUUUUAGUUUUUACCCAAAUAGUUUCUUUUAAAAUUCAAAAAAAUGUUUUUGACAUCAAAUAUUUUGUAUCAAAAAAGAAAUUUCGACGCCCGUUAAUGAUUUGAAUACUUUAUAAAAAUAUCUGCAUCUUAUUUUAGAAAUUUGACCCAAAAUUGUAUUUAACCAUAUUUUAUGAUUUAUGAUUUUUUCGUGUAACGAGGUUAUAUCUCGUGAAUUUAUUCUUUAUUUUAUGCUCUAUCUCUGAAAUUUGGAAUCUUAUUUAUAAAACAAAAAUAAUAUUAUAAAAUAUUGAAAAGAAUAAAUAAAGACUGUGAUGAUUUCCUACUAAGUUUUCUACUAAAUUAUAGGAAUUUUCUGGAUGUUAUUUGUUCUAAAAUAUACCUAAUCAUAAAAAAUAAAAAAAAAAAACAAUAUAAUUGUGUCACAAAAAUUUAAAUUGUAUAAAUUGUGAAAUCCUCAUCAUUAAUUAAAAAAAUGUAUUGUAUUUAACUUUAAAAAUUAAAUAAAUAAAUUAAAUAUAAAAAUAA